AUUUCAGGGCCGGUUUCAGCUGGAGCGUUGCCUUGGAAACGACGAAGCUAUAAAUACAGUUGCUACCACGGAGCCGGCCUUUGACUCAGUCUCAGCUGGUAAGCCGAAUAGCAGGGUGUGAAGACGCCGCUUAGCUGGUCAGGGUAGCACAGUACAUUUUUAUUUCCAGGUUUCCCGUCUAAUGGACACACUCUUUGUAAAUGCUUUUUAAGAAAACAGAGUUGAGGAAAGCGCACACUGGCUUCUCAGCUAGCCCAGGCCUAGAGUCCUAUCUGAAAGAUUUCAACUUCACCGGCGAACCGCCUUGGCUGCUCUGCACCUGAUUAAAAUUUGGAUAACCCCAGCUCAUUAUCGUCCACAGUUUUGAGACCCGUUUCUUAAAAGGAAGCGAAAAUAAAAGAACCUGUGAGACCAUGAGUUACUUCGCUCCAGCGGACUUUGACUUCACCUUCUUGGAGGAGGGGUUCUGCGCCCGUGACCUCGUCGAGCAGAGGAUCAACGAGUUGUCCUCGUCGGACGACAAAGAUGCCUUCUACGUGGCGGACCUGGGGGACGUUCUGAAGAAGCACCUGAGGUGGGUGCGUGCCAUGCCUCGUGUCAUGCCCUUCUACGCCGUCAAGUGCAACGACAGCCGAGCCGUUGUCAUGACGCUUGCCUCCCUGGGGACGGGGUUCGACUGCGCCAGCAAGACUGAGAUCCAGCUGGUGCAGUCUCUCGGGGUGGACCCCAGCAGGAUCAUCUACGCCAACCCCUGCAAGCAGGUGUCCCAGAUCAAGUACGCCUCUGCCCACGGGGUCCAGAUGAUGACCUUCGACAGCGAGGUGGAGCUCAUGAAGGUCGCUCGUUGCCAUGAAAACGCCAAGCUGGUGCUGCGCAUCGCCACGGACGACUCGAAGGCGGUUUGCCGACUGAGCGUGAAGUUUGGCGCGACGCUGAAGACCAGCCGUCUGCUCCUGGAGCGCGCGCGGGAGCUGGGCCUCGACGUCGUCGGCGUCAGCUUCCACGUGGGCAGCGGCUGCACUGACGCAGAGACCUACAGCCAGGCCAUCUCAGACGCCCGCUGUGUCUUCGACAUGGGGGCCGAGCUGGGCUACAACAUGACCCUUCUGGACAUUGGCGGGGGAUUCCCUGGGUCCGAUGAGUCCAAGCUGAAGUUUGAGGAGAUCACGGCGGUCAUAAACCCGGCGCUGGAUAAGUACUUUCCGGUGGACUCCGGGGUCCGAGUAAUCGCCGAGCCGGGCCGCUACUACGUGUGUUCAGCCUACACGCUGGCCGUCAACAUCAUCGCUAAGAAGGUGGUCAUGAAGGAGCAGACGGCCUCUGACGAUGAAGACGACGGGGCCAAUGACAGGACCCUGAUGUACUACGUGAACGACGGCGUCUACGGCUCCUUCAACUGCAUCCUUUACGACCACGCCCACGUCCUGCCGUGUCUGCACAAGAAACCCAAGCCGGACGAGCGCACGUACCCCUGCAGCAUCUGGGGCCCGACCUGCGACGGGCUGGACCGCAUUGUGGAGCAGUGCAUCCUGCCGGACCUGCCGCUUGGUGAAUGGAUGCUGUUUGAGAACAUGGGGGCCUACACUGUGGCCGCAUCCUCCACCUUCAACGGCUUCCAGAAGCCUGACAUCCACUAUGUGAUGUCCCGGAGUGCGUGGCAGCGCAUCCAGCAGAUCUCCGCUCAGGGGCUGCCCGCCCCCGUGGAAGAGGCCUGUCCCAGCGGUAUCCCAUCCUGCUGUGGACGAGAGAGCAGCCUGGAGCUGCAGGCCAAGCCCUGCCCCGCCCAUGUGCUGUACUCAUUCCCAUAAUACACAGCAGGGGGGGGGGGGUCUGACUGUGUACUUGCCUGUUUCAAAGACCAGUUACUUGACUAUGAAGGGCAAGAGACAGGUGUGUACGGUCACCCUUUCUCAAGGAUGUGGGGGGGGGGCAUUUUUAUUUUUCUGAUCAGUUGGCCAGUUGUUUUUUGAGAACCUUACUGUUUUAACCCAGAUGCAGGGUCGGUGGGUGUGUCAUAAGCUCUCAUCCCUGCAUUCUGGUAGCGGAAGGAAGUGUUGAGCGGUAGAGCCAAGUACUUGUGGGCCCCCCAAAGACGUUUGGUCUGAGAAUCAGUAUUGCCGUACAAAUCACAUUCCAUGUCUCUGUGUGAAAGACUUGAGAUCUUACCCCUGAAAGUGGGGGAGGGUUUCAAAAUAAAUUUAAAAAAAUUUAGUGACCUCCAUUUCAAGGGUGGUUGGGGAUGAUGACACUGCUGUGUGCAGAGGUGUCUUGAUCCAUUAACUGACUCCGCUCCAUGUGGCCUGAACACCCAUAGGGUAACCCCCCCCCGCUUCCAAGUCUGGCUGCUACAGACCUAUUUAAAUAUUUAAUUUAAAUAUUUUUACAUUUAAAUUAAACUCAAACUUUCAUACAGUAAUGUUUUUUCAGGGGACAUGCAAACUUGCCUUUUUUUUCUGUUCUAGCCCCCCUCAAGUUUUUUGUUUCUACUUUAAAGAUGUUAUUAAUAUUAAUAAUGGUGAUGAAGAAAAGGAAAAAAAUACAAAUGAUGUACUGAAAUUUGGAUAAGAAAGCGAUGGGAUCACACGAUACAUUUCCAUUUCUUAUGGAAGCUUUUUUUUUUUUAAAUAAAAAAAAGAUUUUGUAUUUUUUUAUAAAUAAAAUGUGUAGACACAG